GCGCUCCCCCCCGCGGGUUUCUAGUUGGAUUCGCCCAGCCGGUUUCCGGUGCGCUCUCCGAGUUUCCGGUUUUUGUGAGAGGCCUGGAGCGGCGGAGCGGGAACCGAGCCUGACCCGGGAUAGCGGGGGACCGAGCCUGACCCGGGAUAGCGGGGGACCGAGCCUGACCCGGGAUAGCGGGGGGACCGAGCCUGACCCGGGAUAGCGGGGGACCGAGCCUGACCCGGGAUAGCGGGGGGACCGAGCCUGACCCGGGAUAGCGGGGGGACCGAGCCUGACCCGGGAUAGCGGGGGACCGAGCCUGACCCGGGAUAGCGGGAGCCUGACCCGGGAUAGGGGACCGAGGGGGGACCGAGCCUGACCCGGGAUAGCGGGGGGACCGAGCCUGACCCGGGAUAGCGGGGGACCGAGCCUGACCCGGGAUAGCGGGGUGAGAGCGGGGACCGGGGCUCCCAGGCCGGAGACAGGGGAGGCUCCCGGGACAUGCUCGGCCGCUGAGCCCCUCUAUCUCUCUCUCUGAUGGCCGCUGAUCAGGAAAAGCUGGAAGGACUAACUAUCCCGGGCCGCAGAGCCAAAGCCGGUAAGAGAGAGCCGGAUAAAGGAAAACUGAGAGUAAACAAUGUGUGAGCGCAGGAUAAAUAGCGGAGACUGAAUGGGGAUAAUAGAGGGGCAGAUGUGCUGGGGGGAGGGGAGUUAGGGGGCAGAUGUGCUGGGGAGGGAGUUAGGGGCAGAUGUGCUGGGGAGGGAGAGGGGGCAGAUGUGCUGGGGAGGGAGUGCUGGGGAGGGGAGUAGGGGGCAGAUGUGGGGAUGGGGGGAGGGAGCAGAGCAGGGGGGAGGGGAGUUAGGGGCAGAUGUGCUGGGGGGAGGGGAGUUGGGGGGCAAGGGGAGUUCGUGGGGGAUGAUGCGCUGGGGGGCAAGGGGAGUCAGAGGGCUAAAUGUGCUUGGGGAGGGUUUUGGAGAGGAGGAGGCUUGCUGGGAAGAGGGUUUUGGAAUGGGGAUUCUGAGAGUAAGCGGAGUAGAUGAUGGGAUUGGGCAGUGAUUGGAGUAGAGGCGCUGAAGGUUAGUGGAAUGAGAGUAGUAGAGCUUAGAAGAGUUAAAGGUUCUGGGGGCGAGGGGAGGGAAGUGCAGUUUGUGGAGCAGAGGUUCUGAUGGAAGAGAGGACAAAAACUCCUUUGUGGCAGUGUGAUGCCUGUAUUUAUUUAUCCAUAUUUCUGCUUUUACAGGCAUGCAAAUGAAGAGCCCUGACAAGAAACGUCGCAAGUCAAGCACUCAGGUAUGGAGAACAGGGGGUUGGGAAGGAUCACAGCGCAGAGUAAAGGGACCGGUGAUUGACCAGUUUCAUCAGGUUGGAACCAUCCUCUGUAUCAUCUGUGUUUAGGUUAGCUUAGUCAUGUUGCCAUGGCAUAGUAACCAGUUGUACAAAAAUACAGUCUAUAAAUGGAAACAGAGAGGAAUAGCAAAUGGUGUAGAAUUAAUGUCACCAAGAAAAGAGUAUGGUUGCACUCACAAGAUAGUCAAAGACUUCAGGCAUAUAGGUCAUUAAAGAUGGAAGGAGCUCAGUCCUCUUCUCUUUCGUCCUUAAGAGGAGGUAAACAGAGAGACACACAAACAUAGUGCACCAAUAAAAUAAUUUGUAUGUCAUUUAUUUAGAUUGCACUUUCUGGUAAAAAUCAGAAUAUCACAAUAAAGUCUCUGCCAGAACUGUGAGCUUCAGGAUGUUCUUUCCGGUCAGCAGACAAAAGGGAUAGCCAAGAAAUAAAACCGAUAAAUGAAUAAAAACAAAUCCAAUAAAAGUUCAUGUGCUGAAGGGGUCUCUCCGCCCUACGCGUUUCGUUAUCUCGAACUUCGUUGUUGAGGGUGACGUCUCUAUACCAGUACAUAAAGUUUUCAAAUUAAAAUCGGGGCAGUUAUUACAGUGGACCGGAACCUAGUCUGUUUGUGAGUUUUUCCUUAUAUUAUUGCAGUGCUCCAAAAACCGUACCUUCAGAGUUCUGCUGGUCCUCCCGACAUAUUGCAUGCCGCACCCGCAUGUUAAUAAAUAAACUAUAUUGGUACUAUUACAAUUUAUAUACCCUUGGAUCUUAAAAUUUGACCCCGUCUUUCUACUUAUAAACUCUACUGUUUUUUUGGGUAAAAAUCUACAUGCCUUGCAUUUCCCACAUUUGUGGAAUCCUUUAAGGGUAACAUCUUUAUUGGUGUUAGUUCUAAAUGUACUUGGGGUUAAGACAUUUUUAAGGUCUCUGCUUUUUUUGAAUUUUUCGGAAGCGAUGAAAUUUGAUUACUUAAAUAUUCAUCCUCCAAUACGGAAGGCCAAUGUUUUUUUAGAACUUUUUUUAAAUUGUGGAGCAUGGGCAUUAUAUUGGGUAAUGAAGGAUGGAACUGAAAAAGCAUCGUCUUUGUUCUUACUCAUAACUUUGUCCAUUAAAAAAUGGUUCCUACUUAACUCCUUACACUUAUUAAUUUCCUGGUUUAAAAAGGAAUUAGCAUAACCUUUUUCAAUAAACUUCAUUUUUAGAAUCGCAGAUUGUUCUAAAAAACAAUCCGUAUCCGUACAAUUCCUUUUUAAUCUUGUGAACUGGCUAUGGGGAACUCCACGUAACCAGUUACAAUGAUGGGCACUUUUUGUAUGGAUAAAGGAGUUAGUCGGUCGGCUUAAAAAAAUGUCUUAGUCUUAAUAACAGAAUCUUCUAUGUAAAUCGUCAAAUCCCAAAAAUUAAUAACGUGAGAGUCAAUUUCUGUUGUGAAGCGCAAAGACUGAUCGUUAUUAUUAAUAAAGAUAAAAAAUUAUUUGAGUCUGUCAAUAGGGCCCUUCCAAAUAAUAAGAAUGUCAUCUAUAUAUCUCCGCCAGAGCACCAAGUCCGCGCUAAAUGGGUUAUUAUUCCAAACAUUCAAUGUCUCCCAAUUGUCCAUAAAAAUGUUGGCGUAGCUUGGUGCCCAUGGCGCUCCUCUGUACUUGUAAAUAAAAUGCUCUGUUAAAAAUUAAAAACUUGUGUGUUAGAAUGAAUUCUAUACUCUCCAGAAUAAAUUGGCCAAAAAGGGGGGAAAUGUCCGAGUCUAGUUCCAAAACUCGUUGUACCGCCCUAAGUCCUUUUGAGUGAUCAAUGCAGGUGUAUAACGAAGUGACAUCCAGAGUUGCCCACAUGUAGUCCUGUCUCCAUUAUAAAUUAACAUAAAUAAAAAAAAAAAACAAUUUGUAAUUAUAUUUUAGUCCCUCCUCCCUGCUUCUUACCUGGCCAGGGAGGGGGGAUAUGGCAUUCCCUGGUGGUCUGGUAGCAUGGACUGUGCAGAGGGUGCCCAGAACACACUUAACUUCCCAGCAGCUCCCCUGUCUAACUCUCACGGCCUGUGUGCCGUAACCCAUGGCAACGCUCUGAUGGCCGUGGGACUCGCGAGAGUUAGACAGGGAAGCUCAAGGGAGCUGCUGGAAAGGUAAGUAAGCAUGUGCUGGGCCCCCAGGAUCCUGUUGCCGGCCCUGGUCUGCAUUAUUGGCAAUACCGGUAUCUUUACUGGCUGAUACCGAUAUUGCAGAAAAUCGGCCGAUAAUAACAGCCAGACCGAUAAUCGGUCGAUCCCUACUUGACGCACCAAACCUAUUAGAGAUCUUUUGUAGUUAUUUGUGGCGCUAUCUCACCCACUCCCCAUCAUUUUCAAACAGUGUGGCACUCUCAGGGCCUGACACGUAGCUGUUUAAAUUACAUCAGUCUAUCAUUGACCCCCAACAUUUGAAACACUUAUACAGAAGUCCACCACUGCCUUAAUUAAGAAGCAGACAGGAAGGUGGCCUGCAGGGACUAGGAGAACCAUGUGUGUGUGUUUUGUUCUUUUAGUAAUAAUAAUAAUAAUGGUAUUUUUAGAGCCCCUUUAACAUAUAUUCUCUUAGAUAAGUUAUAAGCACUUCUGUAAUUGUUUCCAUUACUCUUUUUACAUUUUGCCAGUAAUUCAUCUUCUACAUUCCUAGAAUAUUAUUUUGACUUACACAAAAAAUACACUAAAACAGAUUUGCCUGAAUUGUGUACUAUAUAAACCCUAAAGGGACACUCCAGACCCCUAAAGCACUUUAGCUUUCUGAAAAGCUGUGUGAAGAGUUUUUUUUCAUUUUGAAAUAGGUGCAGAUUUCAAUAGACAUUUACACUUUUAUAAAUGAACUUGGUUACACCCCCAGGCAGUCGAUCAGGCAACUAGUCCUGUUACUUCCUGGUUGUUUAGCUCAGUGGAGCUAAAGUCAAGAAGCAGCAAUUGCUUGAGCACCUGCCUUGCAGAGACUUCUCAUUGAGUUGCAUUCAGAAGUCUGUGAUUGGACAGCCACAGCAAGUCUGGGCGGGGUUAGAAAAUGAGUGCUUUCAAAGGCAGCAGACAAGAGAUCUGCAGAUUUUGCUAGCUGUUUUUAGAUGUACUCCUAAUGAUAUAAUGCAUAAUUAAAUGUAUGCAUGUAUUCAUUAGGGGGUAUAUAUAGUAAGCUGAGAUUUUUAUUUAUUUUGUAUUUGGGCAGGGGAGUGUCCCUUUAAAUGAGUGGAGGACAUAUAUAAAUAAAUACAUUUUGGAGCAGAGAACGAACAUGGAAGCUGGUCAUUGGGAAAUACCAAAACGUGUUAAUCCAUAGAGAGUUAUAGAUGCUUGGCAUCUGGCACUAAUGGUAGAGAAAAGCACAAUGGAUAUAUUAAAUAAUGUUUGUAAAAUGACUAUUUUGAAUGUGAAAAAAGUCAAGAUUGAAGUCUGUGAUUCUAAAUAGGAAGCAGCUGUUUUAAUAUUUGCCUGCAAAUGAUUCUAUAUGACAUUUGUGUUAUAGAAAAAGGGUAUAUAAUUGGGCUUGUCAAAUGACUUUACAUUUUGUUACUUGUUUUUUUUUUGUUUUUUUGUUUUAUAUCUAUUUUCAUUGAAUGAUGAAAUUUGUCUUUUUUUAAAAAAUGUAUUUACACUUUUUUUUUUUUUUUUUUUAAAUGUAUUUACACGUUUUUAUUUGUCUUCUUUCUAGGGUCCUGCUUAUUCGCAUCUUUCUGAAUUUGCCCCUCCACCCACUCCUAUGGUAGACCAUUUGGUGGCUUCUAAUCCUUUUGAAGAUGACUUUGGGGCACCCAAGGUCAACGCUGCCUCCUCUCCCUUCCAUAAUAACCCUGUGCCAUUUGGAAAUUUCCGUAUGCAGGGUGGAAUGCCACAUCAGGUACCUCCAGGUUACCCUGGAGGUCCACAGCCCAUGAGGAGGCAACCUCCACCUUUUCCUCCAAAUCAGAUGGGUCCUGGAUUUGGCAUGCCCCAGAACCCAAACUACGGGCAGCCUGGAAAUAUGAACUUUUCUUCCCAGCCUUUCAACCAACCAAUGGGGCAGAGUUUCAGCCCACCUGCUGGGCAGAUGAUGCAAGGACCAGUGGGUGGGUUUGGGCCUAUUAUGUCUCCUACAAUGGGCCAGCCACCUCGUGGGGACAUGGGGCCAGGGCCAGUGUUGAACUCUCCUGGUGGUCCUCCAUUUCCUCACAGGUUUGGUUCCCCUGGCCACCCCUUUGUACAGCCCACGAUGCAAAGACCUAGCCUUCCCCCAAACACUAGUCCUUUCGCCGGAGCCGAUCAGAGUUUUCCUCCAGGUGUAGAAGAUCACAGUAAGAAUCUCAAUCCUCCCACCAAUGCCUUCAGCCAAGACCAACAUGUAGGUUCUCCAUCUGCUGUUAAUGGGAAUCAGCCAAAUUUCACUCCAAAUAGUGCGACACGAGGAAACAGCAGCACCCCAGAAGUAAAUAGUAUCCCACCUCCCAGCAAACCAACAGGAAAUUCUGGGCACCAACCACCUCCGGGACUUGUCUACCCUUGUGGAGCUUGCAGGAAUGAGGUGAACGAUGACCAAGAUGCUAUCUUAUGUGAGGCAUCCUGCCAGAAAUGGUUCCACAGGGAGUGCACAGGAAUGACAGAAAGUGCCUACAGCUUGCUCACUAGAGAGUCCUCUGCUGUCUGGGCUUGUGACUACUGCCUGAAAACAAAGGACAUUCAAUCAGUGUACAUUCGGGAGGCAAUGGGGCAACUUGUGGCUGCCAAUGAUGGGUGAAAGCAAUAUUCGGAGAGAUUAUGUGGUUACUCCAGCUUUAACAACUGCUUUCCUCAGAACUCAACAAACCGAUUCCAGUAUGAUCACCAGCUUGGACCAGAGUAACAUCUGCUGACGGCUUCUGAUUCCUACUUAAUGGUGUCACUUAUGUUGCCAUGUGAUUCGGGCCGAUAUUGUGGAAAUUCUGGCAACACAGAGGAGGUCCUGAGUUACAUAAAGGACGUUCCCUUUUUUGAAGUCCUGAUCUGUCACAGGAAAUCUUUUUAUUUUCAUUAUUUUUCCUCCCCUUUUUUUUAUUUCUUGGAAAAUUAUAGUUUUACAUUUUACAAUCCUGUUCGGUUUUAUUUUGUACAGAUCAUUUUGCCUGUCUGUAUUUUUGAUAAUGUGUAUGUCUUUGUUUGAAGUUCAUAUUAAAUGUCUGUCCUGGUGGAUCUGACAGUCACUGCACCAAUGAUUUUUAAUGUUUAGUAAUGUGCUACAGCGAGUGCACUCCCUGUAUACCUCUCCAUUUAAAUUGUUUUAACACAGACUAAGUCAUGGCAGUCAGUCUUCAUCAAGAAUCAUACAAUUUCUAGCCAAUUUUAAGUGUGCUCUGUUCACUUAUUUGACCGUGUUUGUACUUCCUUGCAGUCUGUUUUAUGAGAUCUUGAAGGUUAUUGUGAGGCUUAUUAAAACCAUGAGCCGAGGCUCCGUUGGAUCAGGUUUUGAGUAUUUUUAUAACCUAUAUGGCUAUACCUUUCCUCAGCUCCUCAUAAAAGGUGUCUAUCCAAGCCUGUCUGGCUCUUUAGUUACACAAGAAUACAUCUUGUCCUAAAUUAUCACAUGCUAUAAUAACCAUUCUGCCAAUAGUGUGCCCACCUGAUAAAUGUCAUGUGACAGGUUUAUUGGCCAGAGGUGAAUUCUGCUGCUACUUUACAAAACAAAACCUUUCCGGUUAAUACGCCUUGAAAGAUUUUUUUGAAAAUAUUGGGGGGAAGGUUUCUCCAUUUUCAUUCAUUUUGGAACUCCGAAUCAGCGCAUGUGGCGUAAAUUUACUCUGAAAGGGAAAGGGAAUAGAUUAUUAAUACCCCAAUAGUAUUGCUCUGAACCUAACAAAACAUGUGUAGUCUAUAUAAUGCAAACAGUAAUGAUGGCUGUGUAGGAAUUAAAGGGACACUAUAGUCACCUGAACAACUUUAGCUUAAUGAAGCAGUUUUGGUGUAUAGAUCAUGCCUCAUGCAGCCUCACUGCUCAAUUCACUGCCAUUUAGGAGUUAAAUCCCUUUGUUUAUGAACCCUAAACACUUGGACUUCUAACACAGUAAAGGAGUUUAAGCAUGCGUGGGAUAGGCAUAAGGCUAUCCUAACUAUAAGAUAAGGCCAGGGACUAAUUAGAAAAUUGGGCAGACUAGAUGGGCCGAAUGGUUCUUAUCUGCCGUCACAUUCUAUGUUUCUUCCUGUAAAGAGAGCCCUAUUUAGGCUUUCUUUAUUGCAAGUUCUGUUUAAUUAAGAUUUUCUUAUCCCCUGCUAUGUUAAUAGCUUGCUAGACCCUGCAAGAGCCUCCUGUAUGUGAUUAAAAGUUCAAUUUAGAGAUUGAGAUACAAUUAUUUAAGGUAAAUUACAUCUGUUUGAAAGUGAAACCAGUUUUUUUUUCAUGCAGGCUCUGUCAAUCAUAGCCAGGGGAGGUGUGGCUAGGGCUGCAUAAACCGAAACAAAGUGAUUUAACUCCUAAAUGACUGUGAAUUGAGCAGUGAAAUUGCAGGGGAAUGAUCUAUACACUAAAACUGCUUUAUUUAGCUAAAGUAAUUUAGGUGACUAUAGUGUUCUGUUAAGGUAGUUAAAACCUGGAAUACACGUUGUGUGGACAUAGCAGGGGGCCAUAGAAGAUAAAUUAAAAUAGGAGACACCUGGAAUAGCCUUUUAGUGAAACAAGUAAAACUGAUUUUUGAAAGCAUUUGAAGUAGAAAAGAUCAUGGUAAAAUAGAAAGGUUAAACUGAGAAUAGGUUUCUAGUGUAUGCAUUGAAGGAUUGAACUAUAAUUGGGAUGUGCACAAGGCAAUUCUUAAGAACAAAUUUGUAAACAAUGUCUGGGAUUUCAUAAUGGCCAGAUGAGUAUAUCCAUUUGGCUUUCAUCUUCCAUCACAUUUUAGAUAUCUGUGAAUUCUGUAUGAUGUUUUUGCAUUUACUUUUACAGGGGUAUGAAGUCUGCUUUUCCAUUCAUCAAUAUUCUAGCAAUGUAAAACCCUCCCCAGUGUGGAUCUUUGUCCAAUUUAGGGCAAUUCCUGCUUUUUGCCCAUUUUUACAGGAUAAUCGAUGGUUGUUUGCAUUCUACCUCAUUAUUGAAGCAUGCAGUGCUAUUUCUCUGUCCAAAUGGAGAUGUGAAUUAUGGUCUAAUUCCAGCUCAUGAUUAGAGACCCUGGUACCAUUUGUUUACCAAUGUAAAGCAAACAAUGUGAGCGCUAUUUAAGUUAAUGAGUAAUAAACGUUACCAUCGUAAUCCUGAGUCUAUACUUGGUGAAGUAAUUACAGGGGGGUUGGGGGGGAAAUAUCUGGAAUUAAAGCAGACGUACUUGUUAACCCAUGUUUGCCUGUUACUCCCAGUGGUGAGUAUAUUAUUCACUAAAUUCAGAAUUGCAAAUCUGGCAAAUUAAGCAUUAGCUGAUAUGGAUAUAUUCAUCCCCUCCGCUAUAGCCACCGCUUUGCUUGGAUUGCAGUUUGCUACAAUGGGGAGAUUAGUGAAUAAACC